AUGGCGGAUGACGAGGAGCCGCAGAGGGCUCCGCAGGCUCCAUUAGCCGAGCCAACCCGGCUGCCGUCUGCUGCCGAGCCCCUGUCCCAGUCGUGUUCGGCCGACGCCUCGCCUUCCGCUCCUGUCACCGAGUGUCCGGCCGAUGCCUUGCCUUCCACUUCUGUCACCGAGUGUCCGGCCGACGCCUCGCCUUCCGCUCCUGUCACCGAGUGUCCGGUCGACGCCUCGCCUCCUGAUUUGGUCACCGAGGGUCCGGCCGACGCCUCACCUCCUGAUUCGGUCACUAAGGGUCCAGCGGACGCCUCAGUCCCAGAGCAAGUUUGUGAAGGUGCACAUGCCCCAGUCUGGGACGAUGUUACAAUGGCCGCACCACAUGUUGUGGAGUCUCACCUUUGGGACUUCUUCUAUGGGGACAGGGAGGACCUGUUCUCAAUAAGGGCUGUUCCGGCCCAUGGAGGGGCUGCGCACAUUGCGGCCACCGAAGGCCUCCCUGCUCUGCCAUCGCAGGAGGACCCGCCUGCGCCCAAGCCUCAAGAGGAGGAGGUCCAGGAGGACCCGCCUGCACCCAAGCCUCAACAGGAGGUCCAGGAGGACCCGUCGCCGACUUGCGACGCGAUGACCAAGGAGGGUCCGUCGUCGACCUGUGAGGUGGGAACCCAGGUGGACGCUUCCUCCUUCGAGCGCCCCGGUCCUCGGGAGAGGGCUCAGCACCCAAGAUCUCCUGGAGACUUUGCCCCCCUUGGUGUUCUUCUGAAGCCUCAGCCCCUGGUCGCCCUGGUAGACAGCCAUCUCUGGGAGAGACUUUACUGGCUGUCACUGUCUGACAUCCUCCAGAGGCUGGUUUUGAGGCUUUUUGUUGCCAAGGGUCUGUCCUCCACGACAGCCUGUAGCCAGGUUCCCCCACCAGACGCCUGUAGCCAGGUUCCCCCACCUGUCGCCUGUAGCCCGGCGCCCCCCUGCAGACCCAACCUUUCCCCAGAGCCGGGUCCCAACGGACUCGCCCCUGGGCGCCGCUUCCGAGCCAGCGCUGCCCGUUUGUCUUUGCUGGUUUGUCUGAUCUCCAAGACUCUGCACUCCCUCAAUCACCAGAUGUCCAGCUUCCCUUCUGCUCUCCAGCCUGUGCACUCCUCUCCAGCCAGUCUGCUACCUCACGCCAUCCCAGCCACAGUCCUCCUUCACAUCCUGGUCCCUGUUCCGACGCACCACCUGUCCCACUUCGUCAGCACGCUUUGGACCCAGCUCCGGAGCUCAUCAGGCUCGUUCUCUCAGUGCUCCUGCGUCCUGUCUGCGGUGGCCCUGAGGACCACCGUACCCGUCUGCCUGCUUAAUCUCCACCAUCUCCAGUCUCCAAGAACAGAGGUUGACGUCAGACAUGAGGCAGUGUCUCGUCCUGAGGAGACUCCAAAGGCAGAAUCUGGAGACAACAAAAGCAGAAAGGAUGAAACUUUACACAAGACAACAGACACAAACGACUCAGCAGAAGUCAUCAACCUCCAAGGAAAGCAAAACCUUGAGGAAGAAGGACAAAAACAACAGACCAAUCUUGAAAGCCUUUUGGAAGAUCUGGGGUUGAAGGAGCAGUACCACAGAGAGAAGCUAUCGCUCAGCAAAAUACUUCAGAUCGAUGAGAAGACAAUGACUGAUGACCCUGGUACUUGUAAAGCAAAUGCUUCAUUGUGUUUUCUUAAGAAAUUGAUGAUGGUUAAUGUGACUGCUAGGACUGUGAAUCCUCCGGCUGAUUCAAACUGUUUUGAUGCUUCAGAGACCACAGAUUACAAUUUUGAUGAUCUUUCUGACAGUCCAAAUGAUGCUGAAGUCUUUAAUCCUCUUGAUAUAAUCACUGCUCUCUUUCUGUGCUCUGAUGGGUUUGUUCAGCAAGAGUUAGCACUAAAAAUGUCCAUGUGUCAGUUCUCUGUUCCUCUGCUGCUUCCUAACUGUGAUACUAAACAGUGCACCCUCAUGCUGUGGGCCAUGAGAGACAUUGUUAAGAAGUACAGACCUCCAGAUCUUUCAGAAUCAAAGGGCUUCAAAGAAGAAAGAAUCGUUCUUUCUGAGCUUCCAAUGAUCUCAUUUGUGAGACUGGGUGAGUGCUCCUUGUCCAAAUCAGAGAUUCUCAACAAACUUCUGAGUAACCCUCAGCAGUACCAUGACACCUUUGUUCACCACAACAUGGAGUGUGGAGACAGUCCAAGAAAAAUAUCUGAUGGACUGACUGAAAUUACCUGGUACCUUCCCUGUGGAAACAAAAACAUGGACAUUUUCAGUGAGCCAGUUGCUAUAGCUAACCUUCGUGGUGACAUUGCUGCACAUGAAACACAAUUCUCCUUUUUGUGUCAGACAUCUGCAGCAGUUUUUGUGUUCUUUGAUCAGCUGGAGUCUAAGUGUAAACUGCUGACCAACAAAAACCACAAAGCAAAGAUCUUCUUGGUAGGAAACCAAAAGAGCAAGAGCUUUAAUCUAGAUGUUCUAAAGAAAAUAGCAGACAAGCUGAACUUAAAGAAGAACAUCAUUAUAAAAACGAAACAGACCAAUGAUGCAGACUUUGUGAAACGUUUGAGGACAACUGUGAGCAGUGUACUUACCAACCCAGUGACGAAGAUGUCAAUAGAGCAGAUGACUGACAUUGCACAUGAACUGGGAAUUUCUGUCGAUGAAGAUUCACCAGAGUGCCAGGCUGGGAGGAAAAAUGCAGAUGCCAUCACUGCAGAGAUUAAAGACACCUUUAAAUUUAAAGAAAAACAGUUUCCUUUGCAAGGCCAGAUCUGGAAGGAACUGACUUUUUUGGAAAAGGAAGAAUUUCGUCUUCGAAAAGUUGGCUCUGAAGACAUAGAAAACUAUAAAAGUAAUCUUAAAAUGAAAAAACAAGAGCUGCGUAGGAAACAGAACUCCCAUGCUAUGUCAAAUUUCAUGAGUCGCUUCAUUAGUGCAAUAUCCAGCAAAGAGAGAGGUUAUUUUCUGAAAUGGAUGCGAAUGAACCUCGACAACUUGUCUAGAAUAAAACUUUCCAGCCUCAGGGAGCUUUACAAGGAAAAAUGCAAGGACUCUGAGAACAAAAAUGAAAUCAAAGAAAUUGACCAACAACUUUCUAGCAGCUCACUGGGAAUUGAGCACUUUUUCCGUGAAAUGGGUCAGAUCUACGAAGCUUCUCUUUACCUUCCAGAAACAGACCCUUCACGUCAACAACUGCAACAUCUGCCCAAACUCUAUGCUCAGUUGCUGCUGGAUGGAUUUCCUCUGGAGCUUGUAGAUGGAGAUGCUUCCAACAUACCUCUCAGAUGGGUGAGCGAUGUUCUUUCUCAGCUCAAUGACUUGGUGUCUCCAAAGAACAAGAUAGUGGUUGUCACAGUUCUUGGAGUUCAGAGCACAGGAAAAUCCACUCUCCUUAACACCAUGUUUGGGGUGCAGUUUGCAGUCAGCAGUGGUCGAUGCACUCGAGGAGCCUUCAUGCUGCUCAUCAAAGUCAGUGAGGACUUCAAAAAAGAUCUGAACUGUGACUUUGUGGUGAUCAUUGACACUGAAGGCUUAAAGUCACCAGAGCUGGCACAGCUGGAUAACAGCCAUGAACAUGACAAUGAGCUGGCAACACUGGUUGUUGGGCUGAGUGACGUCACCAUUAUCAAUAUUGCAAUGGAGAAUUCAACAGAAAUGAAAGACAUCCUGCAGAUAGUGGUGCAUGCUUUCCUCAGGAUGAAGGAGGUCGGCAAAAAGCCUAAAUGUCAGUUUGUUCACCAGAACGUUUCUGAUGUUUCAGCCCAUGAGAAGAACCUACGAGACAGGAAGCUGCUCCUAGAACAGCUUAAUGAGAUGACCCAGGCAGCAGCUAAAAUGGAAAAGAAAGAGGAGAACAAGAACUUCACUGAUGUGAUGGAGUACAAUCCAGAUACUGGGAACUGCUACAUUCCUGGACUCUGGAAUGGAAACCCACCAAUGGCACCAGUCAAUGUGGGAUACAGUGAGACUGUCUAUGAGCUCAAGAAAAACAUCAUCCAACUGCUGGGAAAGUGUGAGUCAACUUCUAACGACAUCUUGGAGUUCAGAGAGUGGAUAAACAGUCUGUGGACUGCAGUAAAGCAUGAAAACUUCAUCUUCAGCUUUAGAAACAGCCUGGUAGCUGAUGCAUACAUGAGGCUCUGCACAGAGUACAACAAAUGGGAGUGGGAGUUCAAAAAAGAAAUGUACACCUGGGUUACCAAUGCAGAGACAAGAAUUUCAAAUGUUGGGACAGUUGCUGCAAAAACUGAAAUAUCUAACCUGAGAGAAUACAUGACUCUGUUGAAAAGUGAAGGAACUACAGAGCUGACCAAGUGGGAGUCAAAGAUGCUUGACAAUCUGAAAAAAUACUUUGAGCAGCCAGAAGGUCAUGUUUAUCUGGUUGAAGAAUACAGAGAGGAUUUCUCAAACAGCAUAAAGAGUCUGCGGAAACAAACUGAAAGCUCAGUGUUUAACCAGAUCACAGCAGCAGCUGACAUCAAACAAGGACUGAAAGAACUCGACAAAAUCAGAGACACUUACAUACAAGAAAUUGAAACAGCAGUUGGUGCUUUAAUUGAUGAAUGUCGUAAGAAAAAAGUAAAAAUGACGGAUGGAGAGCUUGAUGAAAGUUUUAAUAAGAUGUGGGCUGAAACACUGAACACCUUGUCUUUCUCUGCACAGCAGACUUCAAAUAUCUUCACCAGUGUUUCCCUUCAGUUGCGAACAAAUCUUUCACAUAAGGGAGGCCAUGCAUGUGAGCUGCUGAGUGAAAGAAAACUCCAAGACUGUGGACUGGAACCUUUUACAUACAAACCCAAAGGAAAGAAAGAAACAAUUGAACACACAUUUUCUCGAUUUUUGCCCUGGAAAGAUGCUGUAAAGGCAAAACAAGAAAUCGCUGAAAGCAUCAUAUCUGCUUGCGAUGACUGUGUUGGUGAUAAAGUUAUGAGAAAAACCAACUAUCAUGAUACUUACAUCCAGGAAAUCCUUCACAUCAUUGAUGAGAGGCUGAACAAGACUGAUGUUUAUAAAGACAUCGAGUUUGAAGUGUCUCUGAAACAGCACAUCUGUGGCUCUGCAGCCAGGGAGUUUCAGAAAAUGCAUGAAGAUUUUUUAGAAAAACAUGAUCCUUACAGACGUCUGCAUAAAAACAAGGACAAGUUUUGUGCAGAUUUCAAAGAUGUGUUCCAUGAGCGAGACCAAUGCUUGAAGAAAGCUGAAGAGUUCACCAACCAGUGUCUGGAACCUGCUGUGGAGGACUUUGUCUAUCGUUCUCUUGGCCUUGACAUUGUUGAUAAAAUGCUGACAAGAGAGGAGUUCAGCACACGGAUGUCCUUCCAGUAUUAUAUUUUACUGGAUUUGAUUUCAAAAAGUGACUUCCAAAGCUUUCAGAUCUAUAGCUGCUCAUAUGAACAUUAUGUAAAAUCGUGGAUAUCUGAUAGAAUUAAGGAGGUCUUCUCCUUAGAGUCAACAUUAAGUGAGUUUGAGGACAGACAUCUUCAGUCCAUCAUUGACCACAUAAAUGCUGCCAUUGAAAAGGCAAAAGCAGAAAAGACUGACAGUCUGAAGACAUUUGCAGAAAAUAUCUGUAAAGAACUUGGUGAUAUACUGGUCAUUUCUCAGGAUGCUCUUGAUGCUUUCAUGGUUCUGAACAAAGCUGACCAGGACCAGUUUGCCCAAUGGCUCAACGAGUGUGUGAAGGACAUGGCAGACAGUCUUAGAAAGAAGUUUAAAAAAAACACAUUUGACACAAAGCUCACACAACUCAAAGUAAAACCACAAAAUGAGCUUUUCAGCAGAGUUAUUGGUUGUGGCAAACAGUGUCCAUUCUGCAAAGUACCAUGUGAUGCAGGUGGAAAAGACCACACUGUACACUUUGCUUCCCUGCAUCGACCAGAGGGUUUAGGUCAGUACAGGUGGGAUGGCUCAGAAAAACUCAUGACUGACAUCUGCUCUUCUGCUGUUAUCAGUGACAUGCGCUUUAGAUGCAGUGAUACAAAGUAUGAAUGGCAUCCUUACAAAGAUUAUAGGACAAUUUUUCCAGCCUGGAAAAUUCAACCAGAUGUGAGCCUUGAGGCAUCAGAUUAUUGGAAAUACGUGAUGAAGAAGUACAACAAGGAAUUUGCUGAAGCAUAUCAUGCUCUGCCUGCUGACAUUCCUGAUUCUUGGAAGAGUAUCACAGAAGAACAGGCAAAGGAAAGUCUCAAGAAGUCAUUCGGCAUUCAAAGUCUUUUUUUAUCCUUUUUUUUCCCUUCAAAGCUCACUUAAUUUACAAGUAGUUUUUAUCUCUUUCACUAAAGAAACAAUGAACUGCUAAAGCCUUUUUUGAUAAAGGUCCUUAAUUUAUCAGUAAUCAUUUAUAUUUUUAGCCUUUCAUCAUUCUAUUCUUUGAUCAACAUUUAUCAACAAAAUAUCUCUUCAGUAAAUAUUUACACUCUAGUUGAAAAACUCUGAAUGUGCUUCUAAAUUGCAUAGAUAAUUAAAGUUUGGGUAAAUGUUUGGAGAGUUCCAUUAUAAACUAUUUGUUCAAAUUUAACGACUCCUAAUCCUAAAUCGUUCAACAGGAUUGAUUGCUUUACAGUCAGCAAUUCAUACACACACUAAGUUUCCUUAGAUAGAAAACGUUUUACCAAAUUAAAUACUAAACUUAACCUGAUUGUUUUGAUUUACAAGUAUGAUCAAAUUAGAAUGUGUGAAU